CGUAAUAGUGGGACGCGUUCCCGCGGUGUCUGGCUGCUUCGUGACCGCGUCGUAACCAGAAACACGUACGCGAGGUGCGAGAACGCCUCAAGUAACCGUUUUUGUAACUACCCGCGUGUACCGGGUGAAAAUUACCGACUCGUGUUACACAUUUUCCUAUCGAAUUGUGUGUACUCCGUACACUGGACAACGGGUAGAAGGACGAAGAGAGGAAGUGAAAAGGGCCACGCAAGGACUGUAGAGAAAGGAAAGACGGAAGGAUUAUAUAUUCGAACAACAUGGCCACUGCGAUCGACGACCGGCAGGAGUUGUUGGAGCAAUUUCAAAUGAUCGAUGCAAAUGGCGAUGGCUUCAUCAACCUCACGGAGCUGCGAAGUGCCUUGGACAUUUGUGGCUUCAAGAUGCCUGGCUACAAGGUGCGUCAGAUGAUCGAGGAGUACGACGACAAGCAAAGGUCAGAACACAAGGGGCGAUUAUCCUUCGAGGAGUUCGAGAAACUUUGCAAAGAAUUGAAGGCCAACGAAUUGGGAUCCACGUUCAAGCAGGUCGUAUCUAAAAAGGAGAACUUGGAGACGUUAGGUGGGAUCUCCGAGGCGUCCAGCGAAGGGACCACUCAUUCGGUUAGGUUGGAGGAACAACUCGCCUUCAGUGACUGGAUCAACACGAAUUUGUCACACGAUCCUGACCUGAAACACCUGCUGCCUAUCGACGCGGAGGGCAAAGCCUUGUAUGACAAGGUUAAAGAUGGAAUUCUCCUUUGCAAAAUAAUCAAUCACUCUUGCCCUGACACGAUCGACGAGCGAACAAUCAACAAGAAGAACCUAACUCUUUACAAGAAGCACGAGAACCUAACCCUGGCUCUGUCAUCUGCUCAAUCGAUCGGAUGUAAUAUCGUGAACAUCGAUGCUCACGAUUUGAUAAAAGGCUCUCCUCAUCUCGUCCUCGGUCUCCUUUGGCAAAUCAUUCGAAUCGGUCUGUUCAACCAGAUCACCCUGGAAAACUGCCCAGGCCUGACCACGCUGUUGCAAGACGAAGAACGCAUCGAGGAUCUGCUGAAGCUAUCUCCGGAGUCCAUCCUACUCAGAUGGGUGAACCAUCACCUGGAAAACGCAGGUAUCGCCAGACGAUGCGACAAUUUCCAAUCGGACAUCACCGACUCGGAGGUUUACACGUAUCUCAUCAAGCAAAUCGCACCGAACACCGCUGGAGUCACUUUGGAAGCUCUAAUGGAACCGAACCACACCUCCAGGGCGGAGAUUAUGCUGCAACAGGCGGCUAAGUUAGGCUGCCGCAGCUUCGUAACACCUAGCGACGUGGUUAAUGGCAUAUACAAGCUGAAUCUCGCCUUUGUCGCCAAUAUGUUCAAUAAUUAUCCCGGUCUAGACAAGCCAGAGAGCAAUAUCGAGGGCCUGGAGUCGUUGGAGGAAACCAGAGAGGAGAAGACCUAUCGUAAUUGGAUGAACUCCAUGGGCGUGGUUCCCCAUGUGAACUGGCUGUACUCUGACUUAGCAGACGGUCUAGUGAUCUUUCAACUUUACGACAUCAUCAAGCCAGGUACGGUGAACUGGAACCGGGUGCACAAAAAGUUUACCAAGUUACGGAAGUACAUGGAGAAGUUGGAGAACUGCAAUUACGCGGUCGAGCUCGGAAAAACGAUGAAUUUCUCGCUGGUCGGGAUCGGCGGUCGUGACAUAAACCGCGGGAACGCCACGCUGACUCUGGCUUUGAUCUGGCAACUGAUGAGAUCGUACACGUUGUCGAUUCUCACGUCCCUGGCGGGCAAACAGGGUAGCACUCUGGUCGAGAAAGAGAUCGUACAGUGGGUAAACUCGAAGCUGCAAGCUGCAGGGAAGACCAGUGGUAUCAAGGGUUUCCAGGAUACGUCGAUAUCGGAUGGAAAGGUGGUGAUCGAUCUCAUCGACGCCAUCAAGCCGGGCUCUGUGAACUAUGAUCUCGUAAAGGAAGGUGGCACCGAGGAGGAGAACUUGGACAACGCGAAGUACGCGAUAUCCUUGGCCCGAAAAUGCGGCGCGCGUGUGUACGCGCUACCGGAGGACAUAACCGAGGUGAAUCAGGACAUGGUGAUGACGGUAUUCGCCUGUCUGAUGGCGAUGGACUACAUCCCCAAUAUGGAUUCCGUGAAGCAGCAGAACAACGUGCUGAACAACAGUCAAUAAUGUCGCGCCGCGUGCGAUUCGUCCGCGUGCAGUGUCCGCGCUGAACACGGGAGGAACUGUAUCGACUGAGUCACGGUUUGCGUCGCACACCGUGUCUCUUUUACGAGCGUAAUAAUUGUAUAUACACCUAGGUUAGGGUAGCUUGUUUUCCAAAACGAAAGGAAGAGAAAGAAAAAUGGCGAAGAAAGAGGAAAUGCGAAACGAGAGAAGGGGAAGAAUCGCUUAAGAGAAAGGAACGAUGAUUAACGAUAGGGUUUCUUGCGUUGUCCGCUUGCUUGGCAGAUAUUCUUUAAGAAAUACUAGUACACCGCAAGAUUUGAUUUAGAGUAUGGGAGAAACAGAGAUUUUUCGAAUAGCGAUUUUGAAAUAUAUGGGUAGGUAAAAUGGAAUGUAGAGGACAAAUUUCCGCGUAGACGUUGCGAGCGAAUUUCAAUUAAAAAUCGUCUGAGAACGAGUGGGGGCUUUAGAUAGCAGAUUUUUCUUGUUCGUUGCGAAAGGUAGAAGAUCUUGAAGAGAAGUAUCCUGCUUAUCGAUCGCCAGUCGUCCUCCGAGUAUUAUGUAUCGCGUGUGAUACGGGAUUCUCCUUCUCCGAUGUUUUCACAAUCAUAUCCUUGUCUCACUCUGCAUAUUCGUAACCGUGGUCUUUUUAGAUUUGUAUAAAUCGAUUUUGUAACGAUCUGUCUCUGUCUGUCAAUGGUAUCGAUGAUGUAAAAUGAAGGAAGAGUCGAUAUGAAGAUUGCGACCUAUCCGAAAUAUCCGGACACUGAAAGAUCUCGGAAAUCGAGAGAACGAAAUAAUUCGCGUAUACCGGAUAUACGUGGCUUUCAGAUUGUCGAUUAUAUAUAUAUAUAUACAUAUAUACUAUAUUUACAUUCUUAAAUGAUAUAUAUACAUUUGAGAUGUGUACACGUAUUUGAUACUGUGAGCGUGAAAUUGUCAUAACUUUACAAUGGCAAUGUCUUCGACCAAUCAGUCAAUCAAUCGAUCAAUUCAAUUGAAACGAAAUCAUUAGAUCGCUAAGAACCAUGAAUGCAUUAAAUUACAAAAAAAAAAAAUCAAAAAAAUACAAUCCGCUUUAUAAAGCUUUUGCAACACGUACCAUUUUCUAAUGUUCAUAUUUAAAUAGAUUUUCGUUACCGUUUCUAGACGAACAUUUCUGAAUAUCUAAUUUUAAUCGAUAUACAUACGUUUUAAGUAGCAUUAUGCCCAAUAUUUGGAUGCGUUUUAAAGAAGUAUUAUAAUCGAAGACAAUGAUUAAAAUGGGAAAACAAAGAACGUUUAUAAUAAUUGGAAUUUCUCUUGUUUGUCAAACUGUGACUUGUCAAGCUUUUCGUUUUCGUAUUGUACCCAGACGUUUCCGAUAAUUUAACACGGUGAGACAACCGCUGCAGCAUGUGAACGUUUCCAUAUACCCUCGAUAAACGAAACAAACGCACAAGGAUCAUUGUAAUCGUGCCAUUAUAAAUAUCGAAAUCGUAAUCGUGAUUGGACGCUUGUUACAAUAUUUAACGAUCGAUUCGAACAGAACGUACUUAUGUAUUUAAAAAUGAUGCUGGAGCGCAAACGAACGCGUUACCGAUCGCUCUUCCUUUAAACUAUAUUAUACAGCGAGCGACGAAAUAACGCUAGUUCCUCUUGAUAUUACGCGCGUUUUUAUAUCUGUGGCGCGCAUGCGCCGAUACAAGGAGCGUACCUUACAGCUGAAAGUGUAAGUUACUCAACGAAUCAUUUCGUAGUUCGAAACUGGCAAGCAAAGCGGAAAGGCGAUUGACUGAAUCUACUUUAUACUUGUACUUUUUUCUUUUUAGAAAAACUUUUGCAUAUUACAUGCAAUUAAAUAUAUACGUCGCGAUCGCGGUAAAUGAUACAUUGAGGUUAGGAAAAACUUUAUAGAGAACGUUGUAUAGAAGUUCAGCUUUUAGACAAGUUUUAGGGAUCAUGUAUUGUUGCUACGUUUCGAAAAUGAAUUUAUAGUGCUUUCUUUUUUACUACGACUAUGUAUACGUUUGUUACGUCUCGCCUAAAUUAAGGUUAAAAAUCUUAAGCUAAUCGACACGAAUCUAUAUGAGAAACUAGGUAAAUCGAUCGUAGUUCGAAAAUUAAACGAAAGUGCAAUCUAUCGAUACUUGUGGCAUUCCUUCGUGGAAACAAAACGAAAAGACACGUUUCUUGAAGAACGGGGACACCAUUAAGCAUUUCGUCGUUAAUUAAGGGUUUAUGAUUUUUAGAUGAAAUCACACGUUAUUGCUUUAUGUUAUCCAUUCCACAGAUAACACUCGUACCAGGCUGCAUUUCUUCUCAUAUCAGGAUGCGAAAUUACAGUUCGUGUGUCCUGAAUCGAGAUGGUCGAAUUUGAGGAAUAGAAAAGAGAUGUAAGGAUAUUCGAAACGCCGAAUAAACGUUUCAUUUUCCCUUUUGUAAUUUUAGCGAGUAUCGCGACGUAAAUCUCUUAAGAGGGCCGUUUGCAAUCUGCGCACCUAGAUUUAAGAUUUAGUCAGGAGAGGAAGAAA